AUGACUACUCAUAUGAUAAGUCGACCUUUCGAAUGUGAAAUCUGCAAGAAAACAUUCAAAACGAAUGUGGAACGUAAUAUGCAUGCAAAAAGACACACACAAAAUAAACUUCAAUGUGAAGUUUGCAAUAGAACUUUAUCUAGCAAAGCUUCUUUGGACAUACAUUUGAAAAGACAUAGAAAAGAAUUUUUAUAUAAGUGCAAUGAAUGCGAUGUUGGAUUUUUUUCUAAGCGGGAAUAUGAGCUUCACAACAAUAGAAAACAUUUAGGAAUUGAGGAAAAUAUCUGUGACAUCUGCAGCAGAUCAUUUUACAAUAAACAAGCAUUAAUGGACCACAAGAAGAAUAUUCACGAAGAGGGUGAGCCAGAGUUCUAUUGUGAGUUGUGCGACAGAAAAUUCGUCCUUAAAAAACAGUAUCGUCGACACCAAGCUGAACAUCAUUCAAAUAAGGAAAGCAAGUCAUUUAUUUGUCAUAUAUGCGGGAAAUCCUUAUGCUCAAGCGAAUAUCUUCGUACUCAUAUCCGUAUCCAUAAGGGUAUAAAAAUGUAUACAUGCCCGAGUUGUAACACGAGUUUUACCAGUAAAAAUACGCUUACUCUGCAUAUAAGAACGCAUACAGGAGAAAAACCUUUCGAAUGUAAUAUCUGCAAAAAGAGAUUUUCACAGUUGGGAGCACGAAAUCUUCAUCUUAAAAAACAUUCUAAUGAAAAACCGUUCAAAUGUGAGCUAUGUGAAGCAGCUUUUGUUUCAAAUGGGGUUUUAAAUAUGCAUAAGAAAAAUGCGCAUAGAGUUAUCCUGGCCAGUCUUAAGCUUAGUACAGUUUAG